AUGUCUCUGGACACCGAAACCGCUGAAAAGGCGUUUGGAACUCCUGCGUCGCUCCCCACCAUCAAGCACAAGCCAUGGGAUGGCUACCAGUCGCGGACGCCCAAGCGAGCGCCUUACAGCGAAGCACAAGUGAACGCAACCCCAUUCAAGCUGCGGGCGAUGAACGUCGUCAGCGACGAGACCGGUGUGGCGGACACUGCCGUCAAGAAAUACAUCCGGGCCGAGUUCACGAACAAGAUCUUCCGCGACUACGACCUUGUUGACAUGAUUCGUGCCGUCCUCGGAUUCUCGCCUGAAGAUCUGCCUGACCAGCCUGUCUCCACAUCUAGGCGGGGAAAACCUCGAAAGUUCACCCUUCCGUAUGCCGACGUCGUGAAUUACUGCGAUGCGACGGAGAAAGACAGCUACGCGCCAUUCUCCAGGAUUGUCCAGUCGCUGAUGGACCAAGUGUUCGGUAAAGGACACAAUGCCGUCGGCCACCAAGCGACGCCGACGCCGAGCGCGGCUAGGCGGAUAUACCGAACGCGAAAUGCGAAUCUGCAGAGGGUGAAUGUGCGGAGCAUGGAUGCAGCGAUGACGCCGAUGAAAGAACAGAUUGUGGAUGGAGACUAUGCACGACUGCGGCCUGAUAUGGGAUUCAGUGCAAAGCAAGGACGGCAGGGAUGGGAGUGGCUGCUUGCGUGCGGCGAGGUGAAGAAGCAGCGGUUCGAUGCCCCGGACGAAGAGAGCUUGACGUUCACGGUGCAGGGGUUGAAACAGGCAGCAGCUCGAAAAGGAGUGGUGGGCCAAAAGCGCAAGAGGGCUUCGCAAGAGUACGCUAUUGGCGAAGGCCCGCUCAGGCAUAUUCGCCGCAAGGUCCGACCAAGGAGAUCGAAGACUGCGAACCAAGAUGGCGAUGAGAGCGACAACGACGAGCAGAACGUGGUGAAUGACAUUGCAAGUGAUUCAGCCGAGCAGAACGAUAAUGCGACAAUCUCGUGCCUGCCGAUGUGGUUGAAUGACAACGAAGUGCAAACAGCCAAGUAUAUCAACGAGCUCAUGUCUCAUGGUGUCCGGUCAUAUGGCAUAGGGUAUCUGCUGAUCAAUACAUCCAUGACGCUCUGGUACGCCGACAGGAUGGGAAUCGUCCUGUCAGAGCCGUUUGACAUACUGGAUGAGCCUGACAAGCUGCUCCUUGUGGUAGCGGCCAUUGGUGCUGCGGACUAUCAUACUAUGGGAGUCAGCCCGUUCCUCUACUUUCCUCUCGCGGAGAGGACGUUUGCGAGAUACGACGGCGCACAGCUUGUGUUCCAGCCUGAUGUGGCGUACCAGGUGGACGACUCAGUGGACGAAGAGACGAAAAUCAAGGAUCAGCUUGUGUUCAACCUAGCUGUGAACAAGAAGCACCGCGUGUAUACUGAGUAUGGAGCAUUCGGACGUGGGACCACGGUCGUACCAAUAAAGGCUGCGGGCAAGGCGGAGGAGAUGUGGGGCUCGGAUGACCUAGUUGUCAAGAUUGCCUGGCCAACAACAUCGCGCAAGUCUGAGGCGUCGUUCGUGGUUUCGAUUCGCUCGGCGCUACGUAGGCAUGGUAAAUCUCAGUAUCUGAAGUACGUUGUGGACAUGAAGUGCUUUGUUGACCAGACAAUGGAGGAGUUGAUGCUCCCACGGUGGCUGUUGAAUGUGACGCCUUCGGAGGAGCGAAUCUGCAGAGCGAUGGUCCUUCGAAGAUACGAGAAACUGGAAGCUAUGAAUAGCGUUGAGGAAUUCAGAAUCAUUUUUAUUGAUGUCGUUCGAGGGCAUCAUUGGGUGUUUGUGACCUCUGCUAUCCUCCAUCGCGAUAUUAGUGUUAACAACAUUAUGUUUUAUCGUGUGGGGAGUCGUACGGUCGGGGUUUUAUGUGAUUGGGAUCUGGCUGCGGUACACGAUCCUAGAGAGGAGCUUAAGGAAGACUUAGCGGAUGAAGAGCCUCCUCAAUUUGCUGAUGUCUAUCAGAUAGCCAGUGCACCCUCUCAAUCCCCAGCUCCUCCCGCUGCAGCCCUCGACCCUACCAAUGCAGGAGGGGAAGAUAUUGAUGGGAGUAGUGGUGGUGUCCUUCGUACACAGCCCAGGUACCGCACAGGUACGGGUCCCUUCAUGGCGCUGGAUCUUCUAAUCCCAGGACGAGUUCCAUACCAUCGCUAUCGCCACGAUCUGGAAUCGUUCUUUUUCGUCCUUGUGUAUGUGUGCAUCACGUUCCAGCCGGACGAGCAUACCUUCACGACACUUUUGGAAUGGGAGGAUCAAAACAUCUUCACGAUUGGUCAUAACAAGACUUUCUCCUCGACGUCAACGUCAAUACGUCCCUCGUCGACCGCGCGCACGCAUAUUUUAUGCCCGUGUUAG